CUUUCACUUGAGAAGUAAGUGGCAGUUACUCUCUGCUCGUCUAAUAGGUUCGACAACGUUCACGUCCAACUCUAGUCACUGACGGACCUUAUCAUCACCACUAGACUUGUGUGCUCAUCAUGGGAAACCAAAGCAGUACAAUCGUGAGACAGGUUGCUGAUGUUGAUGGUGCAGCUGAGGAGCUCCACCGACUCAGCGAGGCUCUCGCUAAGUACAGAGUAUCUGUAUACAAGAGUGAAUUCGGUGUCGAUCUGCCGAAGCCGAACGACCCUGACCUUGUUGCAUUCAACGUGUACGCGAAUAUGUCACGUCAGACGGAGAUCGACUCGGCCAAGAUCCUUGCGAUGGUAAACUCGGUGCUGGUGAUUCCACCCGUCCUUACAAAUCAGAAACAGGAGAUUGUCACAACUGUAGCAACACUUGCAGAUUCGACGUUAGCGGGAGCAGCGUCCAUUGCCUUCUCAAAGUCAUACACCUGGCGUGUUAUAGGAAAUGAUGACCACGGUUACCUGUUCACAGCUGUGGUUGCUUCAACUAAGGUCGAUAAUCCGAAAUGGAGAAUACCAGGUGGUGUCUCAUGUCAAACGGCCAUGACGGUUUGCUACAGGGCUGGUAUUUCGAAGAAUGGAACGGCGCCCUUGGAGAGUCUUGUGCAGCUGAACGUAGCCGCAGUAGGGAUUCAAGCCGAGUCGGAUACGUUUGAUUUUCUCUCGCAGCACUUGGGCUCGCUAAAUAGACUGGAUGCUCCGCCAGUGCAGAAACCCUUGCAUGAGAUUUUAGAGUUAUGAUCUCCCACAAUGAUGUUGAGCGCGUUAGAGGCUGAAGAAAAUAAAUCGUACGCGAUAGAUGGUCUGAGG